AUGUCAGCUCUACCCAUCGUGGCAAAGGCUGCUGGUUGGAUAUACACUCUUGCUUGGGGUAUUGGCUUCUACCCCCCACUGCUCACCAACAUCAAGCUGUGGAGUAUCCAGGGACUGUCCAUGGACUUCAUCUAUUUCAACCACUUUGGCUAUGUUCUAUACACCAUAUACUAUGGAAUGCUCAGAUUCAAUUCUUGCGUGAGACAGCAAUAUUCAGACAGAUACACUCUGCCUUCCGACCCUUCUCCCAGAAUGCCUUUGAUCAAGACCAACGACUUUCUGUUCGCUUUACACGGUUUGUGUGUGCAAUCAGUGUUGAUAUCACAAGCGUAUUGGUGGGGAUUUGCUAAAAACGAUAACCAAAUUGUUUCUAAGACUUGCAAGAGGGCAAUUUCUUCGGUGGUGCUGUACGGUGUUGGUAUGGGUUUGUACGUCUACCACACUGGAGGUGAUAAUCCCAUUGGAUGGGAAUGGCUGGAUCUAUUCACGUCUUUGGGACUGUUAAAGAUUGCAAUGAGUGUCUGCAAGAACAUUCCUCAGAUUUACUACAAUUAUAAGAGAAAAUCCACUCAUGGAUGGCCAAUUGUGAUGAUCUGGCUGGACUGUGUAGGUGCAGUUCUAUCAUUAACUCAGUUAGUGAUAGACGCAAUUGAGGUUGGCGAUCUCAAAUCGGUGUUCAACAACUUGCCUAAGUUCUUGUUGAGUGUGGAAGCCAGUCUGGCCGAUAUUGUGUUUUUUCUGCAGCAUUAUUAUUGGUAUUACAAUGCAGAUGUUCAGAGGUACGGAGACUACAAGGCAGGGUUGGCUGAAGACGAACAGUUUCUGGAAGAGCAUAGACACGAUCACGAUCAUUUAUUGGAAAAUGAGGAAACGGGCACUAGUCAGGAGCAAGUUUGCAGUGUGAAGUCCACUGAUGAGGGAGAAAUGCAGCGGUUGUUGAUUUAG